CGGCGCCCACCAUGUACGCCUUUGUGCGGUUCCUGGAGGACAACGUCUGCUACGCGCUGCCCGUGUCGUGCGUGCGCGACUUCAGCCCCCGCUCGCGACUGGAUUUUGACAACCAGAAGGUGUACGCAGUGUACCGGGGCCCGGAGGAGCUGGGCGCGGAGCCCGAGAGCCCCCCGCGUCCCCCCCGGGACUGGGGCACGCUGUUGCUCCACAAGGCCCAGAUCCUGGCUCUGGCAGAAGACAAAUCUGAUCUUGAGAACAGUGUGAUGCAGAAGAAAAUAAAAAUCCCCAAACUUUCUCUCAGUCACCUGGAAGACGAUGGGGAGGUUAAAGACUACGGGGAAGAAGACCUACAGCUUAGACACAUCAAGAGACCGGAGGGGCGGAAGCCUAGUGAAGCGGCCCACAAGAGUAUCGAGGCAGUGGUGGCCCGGCUAGAGAAACAGAACGGCCUGAGCCUGGGUCACAGCACUUGUCCGGAAGAGGUCUUUGUGGAGGCCUCGCCGGGCACAGAGGACAUGGACAGCCUGGAGGAUGCCGUUGUGCCCCGGGCUCUGUAUGAGGAGCUGCUGCGAAACUACCAGCAGCAGCAGGAGGAGAUGCGCCACCUCCAGCAGGAGCUGGAGCGGACUCGGAGGCAGCUUGUGCAGCAGGCCAAGAAGCUCAAGGAGUACGGGGCCCUGGUGUCUGAAAUGAAGGAGCUCAGAGACCUCAACAGGAGACUCCAAGAUGUGCUACUCCUGCGGCUUGGCAGCGGUCCCGCCAUUGACUUGGAAAAAGUAAAGUCAGAAUGUCUCGAGCCCGAGCCGGAGUUACGGAGCGCUUUCAGUGAGGAAGCAAAUACGUCGUCCUAUUACCCCGCUCCUGCGCCUGUCAUGGACAAGUAUAUCCUAGACAAUGGCAAGGUUCAUCUGGGAAGUGGGAUUUGGGUUGAUGAGGAGAAAUGGCACCAGCUACAAGUCACCCAAGGAGACUCUAAGUACACGAAGAACUUGGCCGUCAUGAUCUGGGGAACAGAUGUUCUGAAAAACAGAAGUGUCACAGGAGUCGCCACCAAAAAAAAGAAGGAUGCAAUCCCGAAGCCACCCCUCUCCCCUCACAAGCUGAGCAUCGUCAGAGAGUGUUUGUAUGACAGAAUAGCACAAGAAACAGUGGAUGAAACUGAAAUUGCACAGAGACUCUCCAAAGUCAACAAGUACAUCUGUGAGAAAAUCAUGGAUAUCAACAAAUCUUGUAAAAAUGAAGAACGAAGGGAAGCAAAAUACAAUUUGCAAUAAACUUUGGAUUUUUUUCAUAAAGCCUUUGCAUUUUCCUUGUGUGGUAUGUGCAUUAUGGGCGACGGUGCCAUUCAAAUAGACCCCACCAGGCGCGGCUAUGUCUUGGCAGAGGGCCUUCAGGGCGCUGAGUCAAUGUCUUAUCUGGACUUGGACUUCCUACUUUGAAGAAGGCAGAUGGAUUUGCUAAAACUCAGCAGAGCCUCACACCCCAACCAGUGUUGUUGAGGGAUGGGGAAGCACUUUUCACGGGGCUGUAAGGCAUCAGAGAAGCCUGUUGGGACCACAGA